AUUUCAGAAGUCUAAAUUAGCUGUUAGUGCUCAGAGUUUCUUUUUUCUCCCCGUGCUUUUGUUUCUUCUCAAAGGGACAGAAAGAGAGAGGACAGAGGAGAGAGAGGACAGAGGAGUAAGGAGAGAAGAGAGUAAAGAGAGAUGGAAAAGUUUACAGUAACUGAGACCUUUAAUGGUGGCCUUUCUCAAAGACCCAUCUUUGAACAGAAUGAACCAUCUCCUCUUCCUUAUACAUCAUUUCCACCAAAUUCCCACCUCAGAGACACUUCAUUCUCUUCAUUUACCAGACCAGGAGAACCCAAACUGGUUCCUGAAGAACGUUUCAGACGGCAAAUUGAUGAUACAGAGAUAAGCAUCUUUGAUGCUGAAAAGUACUUCAAUGAAGGAAGAGAUCAGAAAGAGAAGAAGCAGACUUCUACUGUGACUGUAAAUCUUGAUAGAAUUCCUGACAGAAGGUCUUCUCUGUCUACAGUUUCAAGGCUUUCUUCUUCUAUUUCAUCUGUUGAUGGUUAUGGGAGAAAUUACAAAAGUGGAUCCUUCCAUGCAACACCAACAGCUUCAUCUGAAGCUAGCUGGAACAGCCAAUCUGGUUUGUUGUCAAUUCCACCCGGUUCUUCAAUUGCAGUUUCUAUGAGAAAUCUACCUUUGGAUGGGAAGAGAAGAGGAAUUUCAAGCAAGUGGUUCUUUGGGACAAGAUGUCCUUGCUCUGGUAAGAAAUCUGUUCAAGUGGACGAGAAAUUAUCAAAUCCCAAGAACCCAUUUCAUUCAAAUGGUAGUUCAAACAGAUCUUUCAAUCCCAAGAAACAGAGCUCUAAAUCAGGAGAAGUUGCUCCUGCAGAUAGAGUAGCCAAGGAGAAAGCAAAGGUGUUUGAUAAAAACAUUAUAAUCGAUGAAAGGACAGAACUGAAAUCAGUGUCUGGGAACCAUUUGUCAUCGCCAGAGUCCGGUCACCGAAUAGUCUCUUCCAAUUCCGCCGGAAGGUUGGUUACUGAAGGUGGUGGUGGCUUCUCCUUCCCUAUACUAAAUCCUCCUGUGCUCCUCCCCAAUGGUGGGAAAUUGGCAAUUCAGCUGGAAGACCCACCUAGCAGGGAAUCACUAGAGGUCUUCCAACCAUCAGAAGAAUCAGUGGUAAGGAAGUCUACAGAGCUUCAACGGCAGAUGCUGAUGUCAUUUGCCGGCAACAGUGAAAGCCAGAGCUUUACUUUCCCGGCAAGUCCGAAAACUCGAGCAACUAUUGGAGAUGAUGAUGUAGCAAGUGACACAAGCUCGGAUUUAUUUGAAAUUGAAAGCUUCUCAACUCAGACAACAAUGUAUCCAUUGUAUCAUCACCAGAGAGAAGCCUUCGAUGAAUUCUCAAGCAAUGAUGGAACGCGAAUUCUUGGACAUGGUAAUGGAAUGUUACAGUUCCGGCGGAGCAUUGAUGGGACUAUGACCCCUUCAAUUGCACCAACUGAAUUUUAUGAGCCUAGUGAGAUUAGUGUUGAUUGGAGUGUUACAACCGCUGAGGGGUUCGAUCGGAGAAGUGUCACAAACUUUUCAACUGCAACAUCAGAGUAUGAGGAUUUCAGGUUCAAAGUACAGAAAGAAUCAGAGAAGAUUAUUGCCAAUGGUGGUGGUGGUGCUAGUAACAUUAGAAGGAAGGGAAAUGGAUUGUUGAGCUGCAGAUGUGAGAAAGCAGUGAAUGUAGGUCCUCAUCCAGUGAAGCAAUUACCCGAUCAAUGUCGUGCCGGUGGUGUCGGUACUCCGGCGACUGUCCUAGUUGAAUCAUGUCAAAUUCCGGCGACGACGUCGAGGUUGGCAAAUUUAAGUUCAAUGCACAAGGCAAGGGCUUCUGGUAAGCCACCUCUAGCAAGGUCUAAUUCUGCUCGCAUGUCUCAUGCCUUCAUUACACAAUAACCAGGUUGUAGGGAUAGUAUUGUAA